AUGCUAGAACAGUUGAAUCAUGAUAUCAUCUAUAUUAUAUGUUCGUAUAUGGAUCUAGCUUCACUGGCCAAUUUGGCUGCCGUCUAUCCCCAGUGGUCAGAUAUAAUCUGGCGCCCACUGAAAACAAGGAUUUGGGCUCUAGAUGUGAUCAUCCACCCACAGAACCUUACUUUGAGGUAUCAAUCACUGAGUAAACCUGGGAAAGGUCUCUACAAAAGUGUUACUAUAGAGGAUGAGUUUGAAACGAAUUUGAGACAUUGCAAACGAUUACCGACAGCCCCCUGGCAACGUGAACCGUUUCGUUUGAAGGAUACAACAGCUAUUGGUAUAACCCACAGUGAGUCAAAAAACUUUUCUGUAAAUGGGCAUUGGGAAGAGCUACCGAAAGCUUUCUGGACGGCUGUGCCAUUUCACUUGAUGAAAAUUGCUCUGGUUGAUGUUGAACAGAGCAGGUCAUCCGAACUUACCAGUGGGAUUGUUGCUCUGCUUUCAACGGUGAAGACGAAACAGUUGGACCUGAACUUCGAAACCAGGGGAGUGGCUCGUAAAGUGCUCCAAGCGAUUUCGCUCGAUCCAGGAUCAACUGUGAUUCUAUGUGAACAUUGGUUUCCAUUCGCUAACGAUAAGGAGCCAAUUCUCCAGCAUGCUAACCUUGCAAACGUGAAACACCUCUGGUUUGGUGGAGAUAUGCUGCCCGACGAUCUCUCCCUACUUCUCAAUUCCGACAUUUCCUCACUCUUCUUGAUCAGUAGUGGCUUGCAAAAGUCCUGUGUCACCAUUGUUAAAGAAUACGUUAAGCGAUUUCUUGACGGAAAAGUUGCACAGAAAAGUUGUCGAAUAGGAAGCUACAAGGGCGUCGAGGAUUAUCUGCUCGAGAGACUUGGUAACCGAGAAAAAACGCUUACAAACGGACCACGGAAGGUUCAUCUGCAUUCAGGGGACAUCGAAGAGCCUUUUAACUGCUAUAUCGAUUUUGAUGUUUCCUUGUAA